GGACCUCAGAAUAGAACAAAGGCAGUCUGGGACCCUAUGAGGUUAGCUUUCCAAAGAUUCCUUGGAGCUAGUGGGGCUACAGAACUCUGGGAAUUACCUCUUUUAUUCUUUCAGCUAUACUGUCCCCAGACAGCUGAGGGACACUAGACGAGCCUAGUUGGUCUUUAAGUGCCCAGGCAUGCUUCCCACCCACCACUGCCUGGCCUUUCGGUCCCCACUUUACUCUUGCUCACAUUUUUAUUCUGGCUAGAGAAAUGAAAAGCUUUGGGGUGAAGAAAUUGAAGCAUUAACUGGGAAAAAAUCAGGGCCUAAACUAUGCAAAUUGAGUACAAAAUGGAGGGUUUCCUCCAUUUAACAGAAAAGUGCCCCAACUCAGGGGAUAUACUCCUGUUGGUAGGAAAGGAAACAGAGCGAAACUGUGAGCAGUGUCCUCAUCAAACAAAUAUACAAAUCCCUCUACAAAAUAGUGUUACUUUGCAGUGCUGUGCGCAGUGUGUGGAAAGGAUGAUCAGGAAUGCGCACAGAGAAGGGUGUGGAAGGGGAGCUGUCCUCUCUACUCUGUGUGUAGGAAGCUGGGGACACAGAGCCAUCCUGGCAGCUCUGUGUCCUGAGAAGUAGGCCUUGAGACAGACAGAUCUGUGCUUGUGCAGGUAUUUCUAGAGCCCCAGAGGAAUUUGCCUUGCUGCCUGUCUUCAGCCUCGAACAGUGCCUGAGGCCUACCCUUCAUAUUUUCUCAGGCUCAGCUACCAAGCCUUACAAAUGUCACCCAGGCAGAGCCUCCCUUGACACAAUGUCCCCUGACUGAGGUCCCAGUCUGCUCCAGCUGAUUUCAAUGUGCCUGGAGUGCUCUGGGGACACUCCCUGAACCUGGGCUUUGGUGCACCUUGGGCAGGAGUUGGAGCCCUAGAUGUAUCUGGGCUGUGGAAAGGGUUUUGUGAGUUGCUGAGAUUAGCAGUAUUGGCCUGGAUGGGGAGGGAUGCUGAUCCGGGGACAUGGCAGAUCAUUUCAAGUCCUAGCUGACAGAAGCAUUCUGACCUAGAGCCCUAGCCUACUCCAGGAGACUUAUGGGUUAAAUCCUAGCUUAACGACAGCUUGUAAGGGAAAUGUGUUCUGUGGCCAGAGCUGGACCUGGAAAUGCCUGUUUGCACAGAGCCUCAGCCUGGGGUCAGAGUCAGUAUGUCUCAGUGACCAGGAUUAAGGGUUAAUCUGGUCAACAAUUUGUUUUCUGGCAUGGGCUGUGGACCAGGCCUGUGUCUGGCACCAUCAGAAGUCCACCCCGGGCACUAACAGAUUGUCCCUCCUGUGUAUGUGGCUCUUGGCCUCCCUUUGUGCUGGUAGCGUCUUUGCAACUUCUUGUCAGAUGCAGCUUUCCAAUCCACCUGCAGCACCUCCAAGAAGCCUUGUGUAUUUCUGCAGCAUACAUUCCUUCCUCUCUCCUCCUCCUCAGCACGCAGGGGACUUGAAGAGAAACACGUCCCAUCAGGACACACUGCAGCUGUUACAGUGAGGCUGUGUGUCCCCCAGGACAUUCGCCAGAGCAGCACUUGGCAGCUCAGCAGUAAGGACUUAGGACCCCUUCCUUUCCAUCCCAACUCCCACUCCACACUUGAGUGGGAAGAAAGUCCAGGCAGGGGGAGCAAAAUAGGCUCCAAAGCCAAAGUGUGUGUGUGUGUGUGUGUGUGUGUAAGACAGUACAAGGAAGUGUGGACUUUUGACCCCAGAGUGGGCAGGUCCUCUGGAUUCAGUUUGGCUGCUUAGAAAGAAGCAUUUCCUGGCUGUGGACAAGGAUCUCCUGUGUAUGGCCUUGUAGAUUUCAAUACCUAUUUCCAUGCAGCCUCAUAGUAGACCUUCAUGUGGCUGUGUUCAUGUCCCUUUGCCCACAGCGAGAUGGCCCCAGUAUUGGUCUUCCCCUAAGGAUAUUUUGCCUGGAAAUACUGGUAAACUGGUCAUAUUCAUAGGGUACUUCAAGACAUCAAGGUCCCCAAAACUUCCCAAGCCACACUCUGCCAUCCUCCUAGGGAGACUGGACUAGCACUGGCCUCGCUGAUCUUGCUUGCUAAGAGGUCCUGUAAAGUAAAAUUCACCUAAGCAAACACUCCCCAGCUCUCUAUUUCUGGGGUCACAGUGGUUCUGAUGUGACUUCGUGUCCCGGUUCCGACUGUCCUGUGGAGAUGGGGCAGCCUUAGGAUUCUUAAACUGAACCCCUGGGAAUAUCUUCAGGCUGUCUCUUUGGAGCUUGUCCCCAGUUAGGAAAAGAUAUUUAAGGAGGGGGAAGCUGAGACAAUAUGCCCUGCGGCUGUAGUACUAAAACUAACCACCAGGUGGGGUUCCAAGGCAGAGAGUGAGCGUGGAGCUGACCCAGCGCUUGCAGCCAGAGCCGGGCUGAAAGAGCUCUGCUGGCCGAGUCAACUUCAGUUGCCGCGCUCUCUGGGCGAGAGACCGCGCGCGCGUAGACGCGCAUCUUAGACGCUCUCGCACAUUUUCUGAUAGUGAGCUCUAAAGCAGAUCCUAUACCGGAUGCAGGGGACUAUUAGCAGAGUAGGAUGAUUAGUUUACACGCUCAGCACCCUAAACUGCAGGUGGCAUGUCUAGGAUGAUUUCUUUUUAUUAUUACUAGUAUUUGCUCCGGGAGUGUGGGAGUGGAACAAGAAGACUAGACGUCUGGGGAAAACCAGAGGCAACGGACAGGGAGAGCUACGCGCUACUCAUGCAAAUACUGGGGCCGCUGUGUGCAGCUCCGUCCCGGGCUCUCAGGAGAGGCCAUAUAACAGGCAGAUCCAUGGAUGCGCAGACACAUACGGUUAUGGAUAGACUCUCAAACUCAAGUUCUCUCCACCAGCGUCUGGUGAGAGCACAUGCAGGUGCCACAAUCACACCCCACAUAGGAUGGGGCUCUGGACUCUCCGUGGCUAGCUCUGAGAAGGUGGUCGCGCUCAGUGGCAUGUUUACUUAUUCACACAUAUCUGAGAACAUGUGUACAGGACUCCCGCGGCCUCUGGGUACAGGACCACUGCACAUGUGUCUCAGGUGCUGGACACUUUCCAGGACCAGCACUAGUGACUUGUUAACGUGUGUGUGUGUGUGUGUGUGUGUGUGUGUUGUGGUCCUCAGGAGUGUUAGAGCAUUGGUAGCCCGGGACUCACACAGGCACAGAAGACCCUCCAGGCAUUGGAUGGUAAGAAACAUGUGGAUCUAGACUACUGAGGUUUGUAGAUGCAGAUAUUAGGAAUGCGGACCCUGGCUAUAGGCAAUCAGGAGGGAAUAACAUGUAUCUUUUGAGUUUGCCGGGUCCCACGGAAUUCCGCGAGAUGGAGUCUGGGUAGAGAGACUUCUGGCAACUCCCAAUCGAGGGGGACAGUCGGAUAAGGAACUUCCACGCAGAACAGCCAAAAGCUGGGAACCAGGGAGGGGAUCCAGGAGGGAGAAAAAGCAGGAGUAAAGUAGCUUUAUAGUCAAACUAGCAUCAAGAGGGUGCGCACCGUGUGCGCUCCUGUGUAUGUGUGUGUGUGUGUGUGUGUGUGCGCGCGCGCGCGCAUUAGUGUGUGCAUGCGCGCUCGGGCAUGUGUCUCAUCUCAUCCGUUUGAAGGUGCUGGACUCGGCGAGACCCGGGCGAGAAGGAAGAGAAGGCGCGAGGUGAACUGAGUUUGAUCCUGAGGCGCCUACAAGUGGGUCCCCGGCGGGCGGCGGGCGGGGCGGCUGGGCGGGAGGCCGGCGGGAGCUCACACGCUCGGCAGCCGGCCGGCCUCUCACCACGCCUCCCGCUUUGUGAGCGCGCCCAGGGGGGGUGCUGGACGCGCGCCCACGGCGCUGCUCCCGCCUCUAUAUAAACACACGCAUCGCCUUGCCUUGGAUCAAAUCAGAUUGAGAGACGCUUUUCAAACCACCAGCCCUGAAGUCCUGCCUCCUGCUUUCCCCUUCUUUCAUCCCUUUUUGCCUUUCUUUCUUUCUUUCCUUUUUUCCCCCCCUCAUCUCUUCUCUUUUCCCUAACAGCAACUCCAGAGCCGAGAGACUGCGUCCCGGGACAGACUGCCUUUUCUUAAUUGAUAGAUAGCCGGGCUCGGGUUUUCCCACCUCCUCCCCCAACCCCACCCCGCCUUACCCCUCCCUCCCGCCGCCGCCGCCCCAGAGCCCGCCCGGGGCUCUGUCGCCGGCUGCGUCCCUUCCCCGCUGCGGCUCGCCGACUCCGCACUCGCGCUCGGGCCAACGCGCCCGCCUGCCCGCCUCCGAGUGCCGCGGCCGCUCCAGCUUCUACACUCGCCUCAUCUGGGGAGUCUUCUCCCAAGCCCCCAAAGUUUCUGGGUUCGUUGGAAUUUUUGAAUUCCGGUUUUUUUUCCUUCUUUUUAUGUACCUAGGAAUCUUGGAGGAAUAGUUUUGAUAAAUUGAUCGCACUUUCCGCUAGCUCUCGGUUCCCCUUCUUUUUGCCCCCCUAGCUUUAAGCAGGAAAGGGGCUUCCGAGAGAUUCCUGGUGGAUAAAGUUUUCCAAAGUUUUUCGUGUGUGAUGGUUGCUGGGAGAACAAGCUCACCAGCUUAACUCAGCUCCAUCUCACCUCCCCAGAGCCCGCCUAAAGGGACAAACAAACAAACAAACAAAGUUACACCUCGAGUCGCCUCGUGUCUUCUCUCUUCUUCCAGGCAAUCUUUUUCCUCUCUCUCUUCGAUCACCUCGCAGCCUCCAGCCCCUUCCCCUCGGCCCCAUCUCCUGGGUUUCUCCGAGGGGUGCCAGGACCCCCUGCCGCAGCCUCCCCUCCCCCGUCACUCUGGUCCGGCCCUCCCCUCCCCCAUCGCGGACCGCACAGCCAAUCCCCCAAGCGGCUGCCAACAUGCUGUUUGAAGGCUUGGAGUUGGUGUCGGCGCUGGCCACCCUCGCCGCGUGCCUGGUGUCCGUGACGCUGCUGCUGGCGGUGUCGCAGCAGCUGUGGCAGCUGCGCUGGGCUGCCACCCGCGACAAGAGCUGCAAGCUGCCCAUCCCCAAGGGCUCCAUGGGAUUCCCGCUCAUCGGAGAGACUGGUCACUGGUUGCUACAGGGUUCCGGCUUCCAGUCGUCGCGCCGGGAGAAGUAUGGCAACGUUUUCAAGACACACUUACUGGGGCGGCCGCUGAUUCGUGUGACCGGUGCGGAGAAUGUGCGCAAGAUCCUACUGGGCGAACACCAGCUAGUGAGCACCGAGUGGCCGCGGAGCGCACGCGUACUGCUGGGUCCCAACACGGUGGCCAAUUCCAUUGGCGACAUCCACCGCAACAAGCGCAAGGUCUUCUCCAAGAUCUUCAGCCAUGAGGCACUUGAGAGCUACCUGCCCAAGAUCCAACUGGUGAUCCAGGAUACACUUCGAGCCUGGAGCAGCCAGCCUGAGGCCAUCAAUGUAUAUCAGGAGGCCCAGCGACUUACCUUCCGAAUGGCCGUGCGUGUGCUGCUAGGCUUCAGCAUCCCUGAGGAGGACCUGGGCCACCUCUUUGAGGUAUACCAGCAGUUUGUGGAGAAUGUCUUCUCUCUGCCAGUGGACCUGCCCUUCAGUGGCUACCGGAGGGGCAUCCAAGCUCGGCAGAUCCUUCAGAAGGGCCUAGAGAAGGCUAUCCGUGAGAAGCUGCAGUGUACCCAGGGCAAAGACUACUCGGACGCCCUGGACAUUCUCAUUGAGAGCAGCAAGGAACAUGGCAAGGAGAUGACCAUGCAGGAGCUGAAGGAUGGAACCCUGGAGUUGAUCUUCGCAGCCUACGCCACGACGGCCAGUGCAAGCACAUCCUUGAUCAUGCAACUGCUAAAACACCCUGCUGUGCUGGAGAAGCUGAGGGAGGAACUGCGGGCCCAGGGCCUGCUGCAUGGCGGUGGCUGCCCCUGUGAGGGUACCCUGCGCCUGGACACGCUCAGCAGCCUGCGCUACCUGGACUGUGUCAUCAAGGAGGUCAUGAGACUCUUCACGCCCGUCUCAGGCGGCUACCGCACUGUGCUGCAGACCUUCGAACUGGAUGGUUUCCAGAUCCCCAAGGGCUGGAGUGUCAUGUAUAGCAUCCGAGACACUCACGACACAGCGCCCGUGUUCAAGGACGUGAAUGUGUUUGACCCGGACCGCUUCAGUCAGGCACGCAGUGAGGAUAAGGAUGGCCGCUUCCAUUACCUCCCGUUUGGCGGUGGCGUGCGGACCUGCCUGGGCAAGCACUUGGCCAAGCUGUUCCUGAAGGUGCUGGCAGUGGAGCUGGCCAGCACUAGCCGCUUCGAGCUGGCCACCCGGACCUUCCCUCGCAUCACUCUGGUCCCCGUCUUGCACCCCGUGGAUGGCCUCAGUGUCAAGUUCUUUGGUCUGGACUCCAACCAGAAUGAGAUUCUGCCGGAGACAGAGGCCAUGUUGAGUGCUACGGUGUAGCCUCACUCUGGUCUCAGCCCAGCCCAACAGCAGGGGUGGGGGACAGAGAUAGAAACCUGUGGGGUGGGGAGGGGCUGGGUGGGAGGCCAGCAGCCCCCCUAUGUUGUUCUCUGGCCUCUUCCCUGGCAGAACCUCCCCCAAAGACAAAAGGGCCCCGCCCCCUCCUGACUCCCUCUCUCUUGGAUCUCCACUGCCACCUAGCUUAGCUCCUGGGACAGAGCCAGGACUGUAUGCCCAUGACAGUGUUAGCGCCGGCCGGUUGAGCUGCAGUAUAUGCUUAUGACAUCUGAAUCCUUCCUUCCCUUGCCCCCUUGUCUUUUUGUUGGUGAGUGGUCAGGUGGCUCUGAAGGCAGAAGGGAGGAAAAGAGGGGGCCCCUUGGAGCACUCUUUGACACCCCCCCCCCCACGUCCCUCUUUCUGUCACUGAUCAAAUGGUGACCAGAACAGUGUUCUGGAGAUUCUCGCCUAAGCCAACCGAGGCAGGGCAGCGGCUGCCACCAGCCUUGAGGGGCCCAUACCAGCCUAACCAGUUUGGACAUUGGAAAUUACCUAUCGCUGCUAUUUGUCCUCUCUUCUGACCUUGGGGGUACAGGAGCCUAUAGGCUUAAUCCUCAGCAUCUUCCUUGGUGGCCCUGGACAGGGACACCGGCAUGCCUCCCCCAUGGGACCAACUGAGCCGGGUGGCUUCUGGCUAUAGCUGGGCUCCCCGCUACCUACCCUUGCCCCUGUCCCAUAUUUAUUCACUGACCUUGGCCAGACUGAGGUCUGGAGCACCCUCCCCCAACACCUACACACCGCCAUUGCCACCACACGCACACACCUGCCAGCCUCUGUCCUUUCCAGGGCUUCAGUGAGGCAAGAAGACAGUGUGUCUGGUCUAACCCAGUUCUUUGGUAGAGGGUUAACAGCCCUGCUGGGCUCUAGGCAAAAGAUGUAGUUUAACCUCAGAGUCAGACACCCUGCAUCUCUGCCAGGUGUACUUAGCACCUCCUCCCAGGCUGUCAAAGCCCUGGGCAUGUGGGUCUAGGGGCCACCACUUCCUGUUCACUCACUGCCUGUCCCAGUGCCAGCCACUCCCCUGGUGAGGAUGAAUAAGGAUACGGGUUCUUCUGAAGGGACUUCUGUCUUCCCUUCCUUAGCUCUCUGCCCCUUUGCUCUUGGAAGAGUCCCCCACCCCAUAACCACUCCCACCCCAUGCCACUGUCUGCUAAGCCCAGCCCAGGGUUUGGGGUAGAGAAGAAAGCAGAGAGGUAAGGUGGAAAGAGAGUCCUCUCUCUGAGCUGCUUCAGGCCCUGUGGGGUCUGGAGAAGCUGCAGGGGAGGCUGUAGCUAGAAAGCAAUGGAGAAGGAGAGGAGGAAGAUGAGGGCGAUUGAGGUCAGGGCAUAAGUGAUUUGUCAGAAGUGGUUCAGUUGCAGAAAGGCCAGUGGGGGUGUGGAAGAUGACUGGGUGGAAGACGAGGGAUUCCUGCCUCUGGCAUUUUGAGGGUUGGCCAUGUGGGACCUUCCUGGGAAGGGUUUGGGGUUCUGGUGUGUCUCUAGGCAAUUUUGUCUGUUUUCAGAUUCCCCUUCAUUUUCCGUCCAUGGCUUUUGCCUGUUACUAAGGUAGUGGCUCUUUUUCUCCAGAAAACAGAGGCACAGAAUGACAGUCCAUAUCGAUCUGACCCUGGAUGGCCACUGUCAUGAGGGUCAGCCACAUCUCACCAGCCACACAGAACAUCCUAUGAGCCACAUUUCUUGAUGUUUCACUGGUCUGCAUUUUUUUUUUCUGACAGAACCAGAACAAACUACAGCAUUAGAAUCCCAGCAAAAUUAUUGUGGAGUCAAACAUAGCUGUCAGCCCUCAGCUCCCUUUCCCUGUUCUAAAACAGGCCAGACUGUGUAAAGACUCAGCAAAGUUUAUGAAAAAGGUGCAUGCUGCCCAUACCCCACAGACCAGUGCCCGGGAGGCUCAUCUUCCUGCACGCUAACCCUGCCUGCCUGCAGCCAUCUGCUUCAGACUGACGAUGUGGCAUGUGACUCUGGUCCUGGUGAGGGAUGGGCACUGGGGGGCCCCUCCAGGCGUCAGAGGCCUUCAUUUUCAGGGGGCCGGCCGAGGAAGUGUGAAGGAAAAGCUGAAGGGGAUCCCUGUGGGGGUGGGAGGAAGAAAAGAUGGUCUGCCCGGAUGGGUCUCAGAGGUAACAGGAAAAGAGACCUCGCCUCAGCACCUGCGGUGUGAUACCCGUCUCACCUCUGUAGAUGUGUCUGUUCCGUGUUCGUGUGUCUCGUUGUGGUAGCAUUAAUGGGUGAUGUAGUCUCACAUUCCUAACUAUUGUAACUUGACAUUUAAAAAAAAAAAACAAACCCCACAAAAAUUCCUGCCACGGGCUUGCAGAUUGAAGCACUUUCAAAGUUAGGCGCUGGCGUGUGCAUCCUGGGCAGCCAUUUUGAUGCGGCCCAGAUUUCUAUUAUUUUAUACACAAAACUUUUUUUUUCAUAAAUGUUAUAAUUUUGUGUCUGUCUUUAUAAACUAUUAUAAGUACUAUUUUUGUUAUAAUUCAAAAUAGAUAUUUAGUAUAAAGUUUUUGCUGUUAAAUAUUUGUUAUUUAGUAAAAUAUGAAUUGUUCUUUAUUGUAAACAUGGUUCAAAAUAUUAAUAUGCUUUUAUCACAGUUGUUUUAAUAUUGAGAAAGCACUUGUGUGUCUCGUUUUGGUAUGAGCUGGUGCUGUGUGUGUGUUUUGGCUGUCGUGUGGUUUUGAUGUGUAUAUAAUAUUCCGUGUUGCAUAUUACAACAAUGAAUGCCAUGCAUUUUGUGAAAUACUCAAUGUGGCUCUUUUAUUGGCUUCCGUAAUAAACUGUGGGGACUCAC